AUUCUUGAUUUACUUGUGGGCACGUUUGUUGCAGCUAUAGAAUCAGUAGUACUGGAGCUUGAGUGGCUAUUUGUGGAACUUAUCAAGCAUCCUGAAGUUUUAAAGAAAGCACAAGAAGAAGUACAACGUGUAGUUGGGACAAAGUCCAAGAUAACCAUUAAUGAAAUAGAUCAAAUGCAUUAUUUGAGAUGUAUCAUUAAGGAGACAAUGAGGGUUCACCCUCAAGGCAUAGUUCCACGAGAGACAUCAUCAAAGUGGAUAAAAGUAGGUGGCCACGACAUCCCUCCAAAUACCAAAGUAUUGGUGAAUCUCUUUGCGGUCCAACGUGAUCCUAAGGACUGGGAGAAACCAGAUGAAUUUAUCCCCGAGAGGUUCAUGGAAAAGAACAUUGACUUCAUGGGAAAGGAAGGGUAUGGUCCGUUGUUUGGUCGUAGGAACUGUCCUGGUACGGCUUAUGGUGUAGCGUUUCAAAUAACAUUUUACUUUUGGUUAUAA